GAGAGAGAGAGAGAGAGGGGAGGGAAAAGAGAGAGAAAGAGAGAGAGGGGGACCCGCUUCUUGUCAUCUCCACCCCCUCCUUUUUUUUUUUUUUUUGUCCACCUCACCGGGGGCACGCCGCUGCCCCUUCCACGCCGACGACAGUGAGGAUUUCUCGGCGUAUGCCACACACAUGCGAUCGGACCCCCGUGGAAAGUUCCACUAUCCUUCCCCCCUCCAAAGCGCGCACCUUUUACGCAUGGGUCCGCUGCAGCACCUGGCUGGAAGAUUUCGUUUUUUUCUUCUCCCUUCUUAAUAACGAAGACAUAGAAGUUUAGAGGCUUGCAGAAGUUUGCUCCACGGCCACGGACUCUACGCACCUGCACACGGACGCGUUUUUUUUUAGUGUUGUGGUUUUUUUUCCUCCAUUUCUUUUAAACGCGGCUGCACCAUCGAGGCGAGACGGCGACCUCAGUCGAUUACCUUUCUUUGCUCUGCUAUCCCAUGGAUAUUCACUGCAAGGCGGACCCCUUCUCGGCCAUGCACCUAUCCCACGCAGGGCAUGGCGGCGUGAACCAGCUGGGUGGGGUGUUUGUGAACGGCAGACCCCUGCCGGACGUGGUGCGGCAACGGAUCGUGGAGCUGGCCCACCAAGGGGUCCGGCCCUGUGACAUCUCCAGGCAGCUGCGGGUCAGUCACGGCUGCGUCAGCAAAAUUCUCGGCAGGUACUACGAAACGGGCAGUAUUAAACCGGGGGUCAUCGGUGGCUCCAAACCAAAGGUCGCCACCCCGAAAGUGGUCGAUAAGAUUGCGGACUACAAGCGCCAGAACCCCACCAUGUUCGCCUGGGAGAUCCGGGACCGGCUACUGGCGGAGGGGGUGUGCGACAACGACACGGUGCCCAGCGUGUCGUCCAUCAACAGGAUUAUACGCACCAAAGUCCAGCAGCAGUUCCACCCGUCUCCCGACGGAUCCAUCACGCCGCUCUCCACGCCGGGACACACCAUAGGUGAGCUGCGGGAGGGAAACUGUAAAAGCCAAACCGAGUCCGUGUUGAUAAUAACCCAAGUUUGUCCAUCAGUACCCAGCACAGCGUCCCCGCCUGUGACCAGCGCCUCCAAUGACCCCGUAGGGUCCUACUCCAUCAACGGCAUCUUGGGUAUCCCCCGCUCCAACGGCGAGAAAAGGAAACGAGACGAUGUUAUCUGGACCGGCAACCACUUGGACGGGAGAAAAAUCGGACAUUGUGGCUCAGACGGUUCGAUCCCAGGCAGCGAUUCUCAAGGCAGCGUGGAGAGUUUAAGGAAACACCUGCGGGCGGACGCCUUCACCCAGCAGCAGUUGGAGGCCCUGGACCGCGUGUUUGAGCGCCCGUCCUACCCGGAUGUCUUCCCCACCUCCGAACACAUCAAACCCGAGCAGGCGAAUGAGUACUCCCUCCCGUCCCUAAACAACGGCCUGGAAGACGUGAAGCCGAGCCUCUCCGGCAGCGGCAGUUCCGACCUGGCCUCGAGCGUUUCCCAGAGCUACUCGGUUGUGACAGACUCUCACCCAUCCUAUCCACCCUCCAUGUGCGUAAAGCGGGAGCCCCAUGAGGCGUCCUUUGCCCCCUUCACCCCCUCCUCUGUCGGGGACUGGGCUCUAGCUGACAUCUUGUCCCACCCGUCGAGCCUCUCUGUAGACGCCUCCACUCCAGGCCACACUGCCCACGGCCAUUGCUACAGCCACUAUGCCGGCCAGCAAUUUAUAGCAGGUCGAGAUAUGGCGAGCACCACCUUACCGGGCUACCCGCCUCAUGUACCCCCGACGGGACAAGGCAGCUACCCCACAUCCACACUCGCUGGAAUGGUUCCAGGAGGGGACUUUUCUGGAAACCCUUAUUCUCAUCCACAAUACACCACUUAUAACGAAGCAUGGCGGUUCAGCAAUCCAGCAUUACUAAGUUCCCCUUAUUAUUAUAGUGCCGCGUCCCGUGGCUCCGCACCUUCCGCCGCUGCCGCCGCCUACGACCGCCACUAGUUACCAUGGAGACCGGCUCAACCUGCAAGGCCGGGGCUUUCGGCCUCCGUAUCGUCCCUGUCUGAGAAAACACUUGAGGUCAAAGGGAAUUUGCGAGGAGGGAUUUCCAAAAAGAAAAACAAAA